AUGAAGUACUUUAUUUCAGCCACUGUUCUGCUAGGCAUCUCAUCCUGGGGUGUCCGCGCCCAACAACCUGUAAGCUCGUGCACCGGAGCUACCAGCUGCGUGUCCGGAGCCUCGUGCAACAAACUUAACGACUAUUACUCUCAAUGUCUUCCCGGCGCAGCGGCACCAUCUCAGACAACUACUGCCUCUGCACCAGGCGGUAGCAGCACGCCUGCUCCUUCAGGAGGUAUUACUUCCUUCCUAGGCGGUGUCAAUAUGGCUGGAUACGACUUCUCAUCGAAAACGGACGGGUCGUUUGAAAAUGAUUCCGCUGAUCCUCCAACGGGUCAGUUCUCGCACUUCGCUGCACAAGGGGUGAACAUAUUCAGAAUUCCGUGGCAAUUGAUGACACCCACCGUCGGUGGCACAAUCGAUCCUCAAUUCUUCUCUCGAUAUGAUGCUACUGUUCAGACGGCUCUCAGGCAGUCUAGCAACCCAUUCGUCAUUCUCGACGUGCACAAUUACGCCCGAUGGAACGGGGCUAUCAUCGCCCAAGGCGGACCCACCAACGAGCAGUUCGCCAGCUUGUGGUCUCAGCUCGCCGCGAAAUACAAGGAUAACUCUAAGAUCAUCUUUGGCAUCAUGAACGAACCGCACGACGUACCAUCAAUCCCCACAUGGGUUACAUCUGUACAAGCUGCCGUUAAUGCCAUUCGUGCAGCUGGUGCCACAUCCCAGUUCAUUCUCAUUCCCGGAUCCAGCUGGUCGAGCGCCGAAGCUCUCCCUACUGAAGCAGGCCCGGCAUUGCUUGGAGUGACAGAUCCUAUUGGCGACAAGUCCAAGAUAAUUUUCGACGUCCACAAAUACCUUGACUUCGACAACAGUGGGACUCACACUGAAUGCAGCACCAACAACAUCCAAGUAUUUACCAACUUGGUCACCUUCCUCCAGAACAACGGAAACCGACAGGCUCUCCUCAGUGAGACCGGUGGAGGCAACACCGCUUCCUGCGAGACUGCUGUCAAUGAAGAGCUUGCAUUCGUGAAGUCCCACUUCCCGACGCUUGCUGGAUUCACAGUCUGGAGCGCUGGUUCCUUCGAUACGUCCUACGAAUUGACCGUCACACCGAACCCAGACGGCUCCGAUCAACCCGUUUGGGUCGCUGGUGUCCGACCAAACCUUCCUUGA